UUCAAAUCGUGUUAGUUGGUAUACCUUACAAACAUGACACCUAACAGCAUUGCCCCUUCUACCUGUCCCGACGCCGAUACCGAACGGAGUAUAGAGAAAGAUAAAUCAAAGAGGGCGAGAAGAAAUCCCGGAAACAAAAUAGAGCUGACGGAAGUUGCUGCUUGGGACAAGCUAGGGUACAGCUUUCCCACCUGGAGAAAAUGGAUGAUACUGUCUGUGAUGUUCUGCAUCCAGAUAUCGAUUAAUCUCAAUGCAAGCCUCUACGCAAACGGUGUCUCAAAAAUAUCCGAGAAACACGGCGUCAGCGAACAAGUAGCUCGAAUCCCCCAGAUGACAUUUUUAUGCGCUUAUGCGUUCGGCUGUGAGCUUUGGGCACCGUGGAGUGAAGAGCUCGGCCGAUGGCCCACACAGCAGCUCAGUCUGUUCCUGGUCAAUAUUUGGCAACUUCCAUGUGCAUUGGCACCAAAUUUUGCAACAUAUAUUGUCGUCCGUCUUCUCGGGGGUUUAUCGACAUCCGGCGGCUCGGUCACCUUGGGCGUUAUUGCGGACAUGUGGGAACCGGAUGACCAGGAAUAUGCCGUGGCGUUCCUCGUUCUAUCUUCAGUUGGCGGCUCCGUCGUUGGUGCGGUAGUUGGUGGGUUUGUAGAGGAUCGCCAUCCCCUAUCGUGGAUCUUUUGGGUUCAGCUUAUUGCGGGUGGUGCUGUUCAGGUUAUGCACUUCUUGCUCGUGCCAGAAACCAGAUCCACUCUGAUACUGGAUAGGGAGGCAAAGAGACGACGUAAGGCCGGCCCCGGAGAAGUCAAUAUCUGGGGUCCACAUGAGCUAUAUGGAUUCGAACUGUCUUUGCGAGACAUCUGGGUUGUCUGGAGCCGGCCUUUUCACAUGCUUUUCACGGAACCUAUUAUCCUGUGGCUUUCGCUUCUGAGUGGCUUUAGUGACUCCUUGAUAUUUACUUUUCUCCAGGGGUUCACGCCGAUCUAUAAGCAGUGGAAUUUCGGCACGAUUGCGAUCAGUCUUUCGUUCAUACCGUUAUUAAUCGGUUAUCUUCUUGCAUAUAUAUCCUUUCUGCCCUCUAUCCACAUGUUCCGGAAGAAACGCCGCAAGUUUGGCUCCGAUUCAGUGCAGCCAGAAGCGCGAUUGUGGUGGCUGCUUUAUGUGAUACCGUGCUUACCCAUUGGCCUUUUCGGCUUUGCAUGGACGAGCCUUGGUCCUCCGCAAGUCCAUUGGAUCGCCCCUAUGAUCUUCACCACGAUCAUAGGCAUAGCCAACUACUCUAUAUAUCAAUCCUCAAUCGAUUACACCGUCGCAGCUUAUGGUGUGUACGCAGCCUCUGCCACGGGAGGCAACGACUUUGCGCGCGACUUCCUCGCCGGAAUUGCGGCCCUGUAUUCGACCCCAAUGUAUGAAAACAUAGGCGAUAAGUAUUCCUAUGAGUACGCUUCAACUAUUCUUGCUUGUAUCUCUGUGUUAGUCACGGCCCCGAUAUACUUCUUCUAUCGAAAAGGCCCUGCAAUACGGGAACGGUCACCAUUCGCAAAGAAGGUUAUGGAGGAAACAAAACAACGCAGGAUCUUGCGGACUGCUGGAGGAACCGAAAAGCAAGGGCCUGGGUAUGGUGGAUCGGCUGCUCAUGUUGAGACAGUUAUUGCAUAGAUCAGGGUAUUAUAUUGGUUGCAUUGGUGGAUACAAUGGAUGCGGUUAUCAAGUCUGUUGAUCCGUUGUGUAUGGUCAGUGUUGAAGUAUGUCUUUCUUUUUUCUUUCCUUGUGCUCAUCAUCGCUGUCUUGAUAGUUAAAGGGAGAGGUCAAAGUGUUGGCAUUUCCCCAUGUAAGUUAAUCGUACCCUUAUCAUCAUUUUAUAAAGACUUUCCAU